AUGGACAACUACGAAGAUGCUGACCCCUGGAAUGCCAACUCGAAUGCGUGGAAAAAGGACGAUGAUUCCAUUGCCCCUACCACGAAUGGUGAUCCUGCUUUCAGAAGGAUCUCCAGCGAGUUUAACACCUUGAAUUUGUCAACAUCUCUAGACACAAACGACGAAGAUGACGGAUUUUUGCCGGCUAAUGAUGUACUAGAAGAAAGCAUAUGGGAUGAUAAUAGAAGUCAUGCUCUAAAUGGAGCCGGCACAAACCAAACCUCCACGAUAAGCGCUAAUGAAACGGUUAUAAACCAGAAUGAUCCCGAGCAUUUAGAUCGAGACGAUACCGACAAUGACCUAUUCGAUUGGACCAGCAAGAUCAGAAAGACGUAUAGACCUUUGAAUGCCGAUAUUAUUAUCAUUGAAGAGAUCCCUGAGAGGGAGGGUUUACUAUUUAAGCACGCUAACUAUUUAGUAAAACAUUUAAUCACUCUACCAAGUAGCUCGCCUUCUGAAGAUCGUACUGUAGUAAGAAGAUAUUCCGAUUUUCUUUGGCUGAGAGAAAUUUUACUAAAAAGAUAUCCUUUUAGAAUGAUUCCUGAGCUGCCUCCAAAAAGAAUUGGAUCACAAAACGCAGACCAGAUUUUUUUGAAGAAAAGAAGAAUAGGACUGUCAAGAUUUAUCAAUUUAGUAAUGAAGCAUCCUAAAUUAAAUAAUGAUGAUUUAGUGUUAACAUUUUUAACCGUACGCACUGACUUAACAAGUUGGAGAAAACAAGCAACUUACGACACUUCAAAUGAAUUUACUGAUAAAAAGAUAUCUUCAGAAUUCAUGAAAAUGUGGAAAAAAGAGUUUGCCGAACAAUGGAAUCAAGCGGCAUCUUGCAUUGAUACCUCGAUGGAAUUAUGGUACAGAAUCACACUGCUCUUAGAAAGACACGAAAAAAGGACAAUGCAAAUGGUUCACGAAAGAAACUUUUUUGAGACACUAGUAGAUAACUUUAGCGAAGUAACUCCAAAGCUGUAUCCAGUGCAGCAAAACAGUACCAUAUUGGGUAUUAAUAAUAGCUUUGGUAUAAUUAAAAAACAUCUAGAAACUACGAGCGACAUCUGCAAACAAGAAAUGGAAGAAGUAUCAGGGAUGUUGUCCCCUAAAUUCAGAAUCUUUACUGACAUCUUACUUUCUUUGAGAAGUUUGUUUGAAAGAUAUAAAAUUAUGGCCGCAAAUAACGUAGUUCAAUUACAAAGACAUGUUGAAGUAAACAAAGAGAAGUUAGAAUCAAUGAAAGGAAAGCCAGAUCUUAGCGGAGCAGAAUAUGAUAGAGUAAGAAAGAUUAUACAGAAAGACAGAAGAAGCAUAAUAGAGCAAUCUAAUAGAGCCUGGCUGAUUAGGCAGUGUAUUUUGGAGGAAUUUACGAUCUUCCAAGAAACUCAAUUCUUGAUAACACGUGCCUUCCAAGACUGGGCGAAAUUGAAUUCUAACUAUGCCGGUCUUAAACUCAAUGAGUGGGAAAAGUUAGUUAAAAACACUUUGGAUAUGCCUAUUUCUCGUGAGUAA